UUUCAAUUCGGGGGAUUCCCCCAACGCUGUCCAGAACGGUUCAUGCGGCUCAUGUGAUAUGAUUGAAUAAGGUUUGUUUGAUGAUUCAUAAAGCGCAUUGCUGCUGUGAAACACCCAUCUAUCACCAUUGUUAUACUGUGCAUGUGCCGUGAGUAAAAAUGUUCUGCAGUAAUCCUCGAUACGACCAACGCUAUUAUCCUCUUGCGGACAAUGUGCGAUUGUUAAGUGAAAAUGAAUGGAAUAUUCCAUAUGCGCCAAGACCAGCAUGGCUAGGAUUCAAUCACGAAAACAAACCGUUCAAAUUGGAAAAUGUUCCUUAUCUCAGAACUUCAAAAUACCCAAGAGUGGAGAAGGUAAUCAAUCCUUACUUAAAAAGAGCGUUCGAAUUAAAAAAAGCUCAGUGUUUGGGUUCACAAAUUAUGGUUGGUUUCCAUGCGACGAGAGGGGAGAACAUAAAAUCAAUUGUUGAAAACAAUUUCAACUGGAGAUUGGCUGGCAGAAACAGAGGUUUCAAACAUGGAAAGGGUGUCUGUUUCAGUAAAAAUGAUAAUUUUGCUCUGCAGUUUUGUAAGAGUCAAGAUAAACGAAUCAUACAGGCAGAAUUUCUCUGUGGUUCUGUCGAGAUCGGGUAUACUGGAGAUACUUUACCACGUUUUGGCAGUGAUACUUCUAAGUCACCAAAUGGCAAUGUGUGGGUGAAAUUUGAUGACAACGAAUUUCUACCCUCAUAUGUAUACUAUUGUAACAUUGAUACAUAUUCUGUUCAUCUGCUUGGUGAUGACUUCCUUCGUCUAUGGAUUUGAGGAUUGAGGAAUACAUGCAUAUACAUACGUGUGCAAUAUGUUAUGCGUAAAACAUAUAUUUUGCUGUCGACUACCUGGAUUUUAAGUAACUUUUAUUUUUUGUAAUACUUAUGAAUUGUUUUCUGUUCUGUCUAUCAUUUUCUAGGGAUAAGAUUUUUCGUAGUAGUUUUUCGAUUAUUUUCUGUUUCGGAAAAAUAUUGUUUUUUGAGUGUACAAUACAAUGUUAUUGAUUAAUUUGUAUCCAUAUUUUAUUA